AUGGACGGUGGCGCCAUGGACGUCGGCGCCAUGGAGAGCUUCCUGAUCAAGGAUCAAGAUCAAAACCUCCGCGUCCGCAGCAGAGAGGUCUCUGCGGUCUUCACGCGCUUCGACUUGACGACGUUCCGCGUCCUCGUCAUGACGAUCUGGGUCGACCACGACGUCCGCAAGUCCCUCGAUGAAGAUGGAUCAUCUUCCCUCCGUGAUAUCUCGGCUCCUAAGUGGAGCCCUGGGGACGAAAUGGUCGCUGUAGGCGACUACUUUAUGGUCGGGGACGACUUGCUUCACGUCAUCAUGGGUGCUUCCAAGAGCUGUCGCCCCAUGACACCGAGCUACAACGACAUUAUCGCGCUCGCGCCGCUGGUGUUUGGUCGGAUCGUCGUCUUGUGCACGCAUGAGCUCCCCGAUGCGUCAGAGCACGCGCGCAUCGUCGUUGUCGGGGCUCGAGAGCUCGAGAGCUUUUUCCAGGCCGUGACGCGCAGUGGACGUGCAGCGGUGAUCACGGCGACGGUCCUAUCCAUGCUCAAUCCAACCAAGGCAACAAUGCUGGCGUCAAAGAAGCGCACACCCCACCCAAAGACGCACCCUCGACUUUCCAGCGUACAGAACGCUGCGUCGCCGCGUCCGUCGAGCCCGCGCUUGAAGCCGUCGACGAUGAAGACGCCCAAAACCAAGCCAACGCAUGCCGUUGUCGUGACGCGCCGUGACGUCGCACCAAACAAGCCGGCCGUUUCUAGUCGACUGACACCGACGCGCCUUCUCACGUCGGCAGAUCACGACGUUGUGCGGCAGUACAAGGCUGCGCUGGACUUGACGCGAGCACACACGUCGCCAGAUACCUUGCCAUUUUUUGUGGCUAUUCUCAAGCAGCUCGGCUCCAAGAGUCACAAAGCCCUGCAAGAGCCCAGCAUCUCGUACGACAACGUCAAAGAGUACGUCGACGUCUGGCAGCCGCUGCUCGUCGCGGAAACCGCCCACGCGACUCACCAAGGGUUCGAGAAGUAUGCAAAACGCGACGUCGCAUUAGUGUGCCAAGAGCGAACGCAUCACGACGUGUGGCGUUUCAGCGCGGUCCCGUGGAACCUGCACGAGUCGUUGCAUAUGCAUGACGUUGUCCGCCUCAAGUGUGGUCGUACGCAGGUCUAUGGCAUCAUUGUGGGUCAAGACCAAGCAGACAAAGCGCGGUUUUUUGCGCUACUCGAAGACGGCGCCCGUCCACAAACCAGCACCAAGUGGUCGGUGGUUUUCGGGGUCAAUUUGAUCUCGCAGAUGCGCGAGUUUGUUGCGUUAUCGUCCCUCGGCCAAGUCCCGGCGACGCUGCGCCGCAUGAUUUUGCAGCCCACCCACGCGGCGUCGGUUCGCUGCACCGUCAAGAAGCACGACGCGAGCCUUCGGAAGCUGCGUUCAACGCCGGGAUCGACAGCCGACAUGGAAAUUCUCGGCAUCUUACGCAGCUUGGACGACACGGCGAUGACGCUCGGCGAGUUCUAUUCGACGCGCAUCCUCGCAACUGUCCAAGACCUCGGCGCGCGCAGCGACAAGAACGUUACCAAAGCCGCGCGCGCGCUUUCCAUCAAGUGGUCGACUGCGAUUGAAUUCGAGCGGGCGACCAACUCUCCCCCUCGAUUGGUUCCGAGGGUCGUUUGGCACACCGUCUCGUCCCAGGUUGACGACGCGCAGCGGGCGGCGAUCAAGGAGAUUCUCAACAGUCCUGCACCGAUUGCCUUGUUGCAAGGCCCGCCUGGUACCGGGAAGACCACCGCGUCGGUUGCACUUGCCAACUGCCUGGCUACUACGCAGCUUCUGGUUCGCACGGCGGCGACGCGCUUUGGUCUGCUGCCGGUCUUGAUCGCCGCGCCCUCAAACAAGGCGGCGUUUGGGUUCGCUACUCGACUUCUCCAACCGGAGUGCCUUGUGGACACCGACGGCAGCCGCACCACGAUCAAGACGCCAAGCGACGCGCCAGAAGACCAGCGCUUCACGAUGGUUGUCAACGCCAAGCCCGAUCUCGUGCCCAAGGUGCUCAAGCCGUUUUGCCUCACGCUCGUGGUCGACAAGGCGAUGGACGCCUGUGAUCAUGUGGCGACGCUUCUCGCCCGGCGCAAGGAGAAACACAAAGCCCGUGACGCGAUCAAGGAGGCACUCAACCUCAACAACUCUAAGCGCUGCGAGAGAGCGCUGCGCACCGAGCGCAACCAACUCGGCGCCAGCAUCAAGGAGAUCGCCGAGACGAUCGCGCGCAUCCGCUUGGAAAAGACAAAAACCAUCGUCGGCAACACCACGUUUGUCGUCGGCACGCUUUCGUCGCUUGGCAACGGCACGCUGGACGUUGUGGACCACGGGUUUGCCGCCAUCAUUGUCGACGAAGCGGCGCAAGCCGUCGAGUUGAGCGCCCUGCUCGCUUUCCGCGUCCGCACUUGCCGUCAUAUUUUUAUCGGCGACGUGCAGCAGUUACGAGCGACGGUCACCUCGGAAGCAGUCAAGCGCGCAAAAUAUGGCCGCUCGUUAUUCGAGCGGCUUGAGAUUGCCGGUGUUUGCGUGUCGAAGCUCCAGAUUCAAUACCGCAUGCACCCACUCAUCGCGCACUUCUCGUCGACAAACUUUUACGACGGCAACCUCAAGAGCGGUCGGGCCGUUUUUGCACGGCUGGAAGGCGACAACAUAUAUAAGCACCCGACGCUGCAACCGUUCGCUUGCUACGACGUGCGUGGUGAAGAGAGCUACGCCAACGGCUCGUUUUACAACAACGCGGAAGCUGUCUACAUCACGGACAUGGUGCGCCACAUCAAGACGCUGCGAGCUAGCGCGACGCGGUCGUACGCGAUCCUCUCGCCGUACAAGGGCCAAGUCGAGUUGCUCCGAGAAAAUGUGGCCGCCGAGAAGUGGACCGACGUCCAAGGACAUGAGGCCGAUAUCGUUUUGCUGAGCACUGUCCGCGUCCAUGAACCAGGCUUCCUCACGGAAAACCCGCGCGCAAACGUCGCACUAACGCGCUCUCGCUCCAACAUCAUCGUCGUUGGGCACGCAGAGCUGCUCACCUCGUGCUCCAUUUGGCGCAAGAUGGUCCAGCAAGCGGUGAAGCUCAAGACGCACUUUGUGACCAGAAACAAGUCGUUUAUCGAGCUUUGGAACGACACGGAGACCGACGCCGCGCUUAAAGCCCAUCAUGCAAAGGUGCACAAGGCCCUACUCGAAAUGUAUGCGGCGGCGCCAGACGGAUGUGUGGGUCUCCGAUCGCUCAGCGAGAUGCUGAUCACGGCAGACAUCAGCACCUCGACGUGUGUGGCAUGA